ACGAGAAAGAUGCCACAACGGAACUGCAACACCAACAUGGAAUAUAUGUAGCUGUUCCAUUUACAGCAUCAUUCUAAGUCUGACUCCAAACCCAGUUGGUCCAUCAUCACCGUUCUAAACCCUAAUUUCAUCACGGGAAACGCUAUCUACUCGAGGAUGGAGCAAUUCUGGUCUGGGAGUGCCAUCAAUGAAAACAAAGGGAUGGUAGAUAAUUUGCAGCGUUAUGGAAUAAUCUCCUCUAGAAAGGUUGGUGAAGUAAUGGAAACCAUUGAUAGAGCUUUGUUUGUACCCAAUGGAGCCCAACCUUAUGUUGACAGUCCCAUGCCGAUAGGCUACAAUGCCACUAUAUCUGCACCGCAUAUGCAUGCUACCUGCCUUCAGUUGCUGGAGGAUAAAUUGCAACCAGGGAUGCGUGCUCUGGAUGUUGGCUCUGGAACAGGGUACCUGACUGCAUGCUUUGCCUUGAUGGUUGGACCCCAAGGCCAUGCUAUUGGUGUGGAACAUAUUCCUGAAUUGGUUUCUUUUUCAAUUGAGAAUAUUAAAAAAAGUGCUGCAGCUCAACCUUUGAAAGACGGUUCCCUUUCUGUGCAUGUUGGUGAUGGAAGGCAAGGUUGGCCUGAGUUUGCUGCUUAUGAUGCCAUUCACGUUGGAGCAGCGGCAUCAGAAAUUCCCCAACCACUUAUUGAGCAGUUGAAGGCGGGUGGUAGAAUGGUUAUUCCUGUUGGAAACCUAUUUCAAGAUUUAAAGGUGGUGGAUAAGAACUCUGAUGGUUCUAUCAGUAUCAGGACUGAGACUUCUGUUCGCUAUGUUCCUCUCACUAGCAGAGAAGCUCAACUGCGAGAUUAGGGAACUGCAAGUCUCAAUUGCUGCGUUUCUGUACCACGUGCUCUUAAUCUAGACUUUCGUUACGCGCUUCUGUGAAGAGUCAUGCAUGUGUGUUUGCCUGUUCGGCAUUGGUUUUCUCAAAUUUGUAAUAAUCCUCUUUCAUGAAACCUAACAGUCAAGCUGUACGGUCCUCUGUAUUUCACGUUAUAAGUUUUAAUCUGUUUUAGAGAAAUGUACCAGCACGUUAAAUUAUCCUUGCGUGCCUUACACAAGUGAGAAUAAUUACUAUUAGACUGAUUUAAUGCAUGUUUAGGUGAGUAUUUAUAAAGUUGAGCUU